AUGGUCCCUUCUGAAAGGACAACAACAUCCACAAAAAGGAAAAGAACAAGAGCAAAGCCCGCAAGAAGAGGCCAUUGCAAGAAGCAGCAUCAAGAGAGCAGAAAACAAGAAUCAUCAAAGAAAAGGGAUAUGGAUUUUGCAGAUGCUGCUACGUGUUCCACUCCCAAAGGGAAAGAGUUUCGUAUACCACAAGUUUCAACAUGCCCUCCAGCACCAAAGAAGCCAAGGAUGCUUUCUAAUUGCUCUUUGCGUAGAUCACCUUUAACAUUCUUUGCACCACCUGACUUAGACAUCUUCUUCUGCGUUGCGCUUCAAGAUCUUCCCGUUUCAUUUGUUUGCUAG